UAAAUGCUUAUCAUGUGUUAACCCAUACAUUAAAAUACUGUAUGUUUUGGUUUACAAUUAAUUCAAUACAAUCAGUGAUUUGUUAACAAUUAAAACAUUGAUUGAAAUCCAAUAAUCAAUUCAUUAUUGAUAGACAUAUGAAAUGUCACAUCAAUUGGUUUAUCACACGAUUAGUCAAUCAUUUCGAUGAUUACAUUCAUUGUUUAUCUGAAGACCAAGUGAUUGACAGAAACGCAAACAUUUAGCCACAGCUGUGACGGUGUGACCACCGGUUGGUUGAUUUGACCAAAAGAUGACACACCGUAGCCAUACCGAGACAUUCAUACUGUUGAGGAAUAAUGCGACCAAAAAGAGAUACUUUUAUAAAGAGUUUGAAACGGAUGACGAAAGAGUUAAUUUGGUGAACGGCAAGAAUGAUGCCAAUGAUAUAGAGCUGACCAUUGAUGGCGACAACUUGACUGAUACGGCAAUUCCCGAUUGGGUCUCCAAUGUCGAUGAGUUCCGAUACGAAGUCAUCAAAAUCAACACUAAAUUGGAUCAGCUAAAUGUGAUACAAAGGGAACACUUGAAGAGUAAGUCGACGUCUAUAUUCAGCGAUGACUCUGAAUCGGCGGCCAAUCAGAGCUAUGAAAUAGAGAUUGAAUUUAAGUGUCAAGAGAUCAACAAAUUGUUUAAUCGUUUGCAUACUUUGAUGAAUCAAAUGCAAGGGUUGGCCAAAAUGAGGUCUGACUCACGUAUUAUAAAGAAUGUCUUUCAAUGGCAAUGCAAAGAAAUACAAGAAUUGACACACAAAUACCGAUUUUGUCAAAACAAUUAUAUAAUUAAGUGUACAGAAAGUGAUAAAAUUGAUGAACAAUUUGUUAUAACAUUUGAUGCCAUAUCUGACAAAUCUGCUAAUAAAUCACAAUUUGGUGUUCAACUUAAUGGAGAUGAAGUGUCAUUCUUUGAAGAUCUGAGACCAUCGACAGGACCACAACAGCAACAGAUGAUGACCGAUGUAUUGGUAGACACCGAGCAUUUGAUAGCCAGAGAUCAAGAGAUGAACGCUAUCGUCAAAUCGAUCGGUGAAUUGAAUCAAGUAUUUCAAGAUAUAAAUACUUUAGUCAUAACACAGGGAUCAGUGUUGGAUCGGAUCGACUAUAACGUGGAAACAGUGCAGCACAGGGUUGAGGACGGAGUGCUYGCCUUAAGUAAAGCUGAAAAAAGUAUGAGAAGUGCGCGUAAAAUGAAAUUAAUUUUAAUUUUAAGUGGUUUUGUGAUACUUUUAUUUAUGUAUUUAAUUAUAUUUAAAACAUAA